UUAUUCUAAUGUUGAUUGGUUGUGAAAAUGACAGCCGCUAGUCCUUACCACAUGUGAUCUGUAGUGACUAAACUCCAAGCCGACAAUCUCUGUCACUUCCCAAAUCUCGAUAUGUUUUCCUAAGUUUUACGGCUUUUAAACUGGUUUUCUUAUCUUUAUUCAUUUUUUUUUUCAUGUUUUGUUUUUGGUUUUCCAAUACAAACUGAGAAAAAGGGCAACCAUGAUAUCUCAGUUUUCUCUCAAAAAACAAGAGACUAUAACCUCAGCUUCAAUCAAAUCCUCACAUGGCUAAGUGCUAAAGCUAAUGUAAAAAGUUUCCCUUUUUCCUUUUACCUUUUUUCUUUUCUUUUCUGGGCUAUUUGUUUUCCCUCACUUCACUUAGCUCAGCUGGUCCUUUUCCAUAAUGAAAGCACUAAAGAUUUGCUUUUGGCUUUUCUACACUUUCCACUACACUCUGGUUUUGGUUAAAGCCUCUGAUAGUCUUCUUUCUCCAAAGGGUGUCAACUAUGAAGUGGCUGCAUUGAUGUCCAUGAAGAAAGAUAUGAAGGAUGAGCUUAAAGUAAUGGCUGGUUGGGAUAUAAACUCUGUUGACCCUUGUACAUGGAACAUGGUGGGUUGCUCUGUUGAGGGCUUUGUUAUUUCACUUGAAAUGACGACUAUGGGUUUAGCUGGAACGCUUUCUCCAAGCAUUGGAAAUUUAACUCACCUUCGGACAAUGCUGUUGCAGAACAAUCACUUGACUGGUUCUAUCCCAGCAGAAAUUGGGAAACUUUCACAGCUUCACACUCUUGACCUUUCGGGUAAUGAGCUCGAAGGAAAAAUCCCUAGCUCUUUGGGGUCCCUGUUUCACCUAAGUUACUUGCGGCUUAGCAGAAACAAGUUAGUUGGACCAAUUCCUAAACCCGUCGCAAGUUUGUCUGGUCUUUCUUUCUUGGAUUUAUCAUUCAAUAAUCUUAGUGGCCCAACUCCAAACAUACUUGCUCAAGCCUACAGUAUUACAGGAAACAACUUUUUGUGUAGUCCUUCAUCGGCGCAAAUUUGCAUGGGCAAUUCGAAACCUAUAAAUGACACCAGUUCACCAGCAAAAGUCACUGGUCACCACCGAUGGGUGCUUUCUGUCGCCAUUGGCAUUAGUUGCACAUUCGUCAUUUCUGUGAUGCUGAUUGUUUGCUGGGUGCAUUGGUAUCGAUCUCGUCUUUUCUCCACAUCUUAUGUGCAGCAAGAUUAUGAAUUUGACAUUAGUCAAUUGAAAAGAUUUGCAUUUCGUGAUCUGCAAAUUGCUACAAGUAAUUUCAGUCGCAAAAACAUUCUAGGCCAAGGUGGGUUUGGUGUUGUUUAUAGAGGAUGUCUUCCAAAUGGGACAAUGGUGGCUGUUAAGAGACUAAAAGAUCCAAACUACACUGGCGAAAUGCAGUUUCAGACUGAAGUUGAAAUGAUUGGCUUGGCUUUGCAUCGAAACCUCCUACGUCUGUACGGUUUCUGUAUGACAUCCAAUGAGAGGUUGCUUGUUUAUCCAUACAUGGUUAAUGGUAGUGUUGCCGAUCGCUUGAGAGAAACUUGUCGUGAAAAACCGUCACUUGACUGGAAUAGAAGGCUGCACAUUGGCCUUGGAACUGCUCGCGGGCUUCUUUACUUGCACGAGCAAUGCAAUCCCAAAAUUAUUCACAGGGAUGUGAAAGCUGCUAACAUUUUGCUUGAUGAGAGUUUUGAAGCCGUGGUUGGGGAUUUCGGUCUUGCUAAACUGUUAGAUAGGAGGGAUUCUCAUGUUACAACUGCAGUGCGGGGCACAGUGGGACACAUUGCACCCGAGUAUCUGUCAACGGGACAGUCUUCUGAAAAGACCGACGUUUUUGGAUUUGGCAUUCUACUUUUGGAACUCAUAACUGGGCAAAAGGCUUUAGAUGCAGGGAAUGGUCAAGUUCAAAAGGGAAUGAUUCUAGAAUGGGUAAAGACUUUGCAUCAAGAGAAAAAGCUAGAAGUAAUAGUGGACAAAGAUCUUAAAGGGUGUUUUGACCCGGAUGAUCUUGAAAUAUCAGUGGAGUUGGCUCUACAAUGCACUCAGUCUAAUCCCAACCUUCGUCCAAAGAUGUCGGAAAUCUUGAAAAUUUUAGAAGGUCUUGUUGAACCCUUGGCACCAGCUGAGGAAUCACAAGGCGGAACCAACCUCGGCGAGGCAAGGGCUUGUAGUAGUUUCUCUAGAAACUAUAGUGAAGUUCAUGAGGAAUCUUCUUUCAACAUUGAGGCCAUGGAACUUUCAGGGCCUCGGUAACGGCUAAUAGUUCUCUGUAUGAAUUUUGAAGAUUAAAUUUUUGCAUUUUUAGGAUUAGUUUGGUACAGUUUUUUGAAAAACUAAAAGUUACUUUCUCAAACAGUGAAAAUCAGUUUAUUGAAGAAUUUAUAGAGAAAUUAUAGCUAAAAA